CAAGCAGAUAAAACAGCUUUUCCACCUGCCCUGGUGACCUGCCUCCUGAUGUUCCCUGUAGGGUGGAAGAGACAAUUCCCACUGCCAAGGGCAGCCCUGUAAGCUGUUCUGCUGCUGAAUGCUUGCUUGGCCCUAAUUUUUCUCAAAGGGCCAACAGUCCUGCUUGCAACAGAUUUCUUGCUGGGCUUGGGAGGUCCAGCAUGGCCUGGGCCAUGUUCUCCCCAGCUUCUUCAACAUUAUUUUCUUUAGUGCAUGAAAGAAGGAGGGGAAAAAAGUCCUAAAAAAAUCCCCCAGGAUAAUGCCAAACCAAAACAAGGGAGAACUUUUCUUUUCAGACCAGGAAUGAGAGAUGAGCAACAGAGUUUGCUCCCAGGAGCUUUAGGUGGGAGUGGAUUGAAUGUAAACUACGUAAACGCCAUUGAGAGGUCUGGACCCAGAUCCAAUUUUCCCAAUAGCACAGAGUCAAUCAAAACUGCAGUGUUUAUGUGGACACAUUGUUUUCUAAAACUAUUUUCUAUUCAGUUGGUUUUCUGUGCCUUGGAAUAAUGUGGUUGUAUUGGCUUCAAGGGGACUUGGAACACUGGCAGCAUCAGUGCCGGAAACAGCAACACCUGGGAAAUAUUCUCCAUCACUGCCCUUCAGUUAACUAUGCAAGAGCUGCACAGUCCUCUGGGUUGCGUAGACUAACAGCUGAGUAAUGCAAUCUCCUUUUGAAUGUUGAUCUUCCUGUUCUAGAUCAAGAAUGAGCCAUACAUCGAUUGAAUGACCUACCCACAGUCAGUGAGUGACUCAUGGGCAGAGGCAGGAAUUGACACACCUGGUAUCUCUGCGUUCCUGCUUCCUAGACCCCGCAGCCUCUUGUUCUAGUGCUCUGCCCUUUCCUCUCCUGCCCACUGUAGGAUUUUUGUUACGUGUGUGAUUUCCAAAGAGACAAUAUUAGAUUACUGCCAUGAAAAUGAAAUGAAAAUUUUAUUUGACACAGGUAUUUGCAGCUGUACAAAGAAGCUGAAGUUCCUUUUAUUUCUUAUCUUUUUUGAAUAUUUUGCCAUGCCUGGUUUGUUGUAACGCUCCUAUGCCUCCAGCACUGCCCACUGAUCACUCUGUGGUAGUUUUUUUUUUUUCUUUUUUUUUUCUUCUUCUAGAAUUGUCUUUGCUGCAGUUUCCUACUGUGGGAAUGCUCUGCCCAGACCCACCAUUAAUACAAGGGCAUAAUCAGUCACCAAAUUCAGUGGGUGGGUUUUAUAAAUCCCAGCUCACUAUUCAGUGAGGUGUAACAGCUGUUGUGAUCAAUAUUUUACAGCGUCUGUUUGAGAAGAAGUUACAGUCAAGCCUUUAGCAUCCCCCUGAACAGCUGCGUAAUUCACGGGAGUGGCUCUAAUCGCUUUAAGCUCUUUGCAUUUGACAGAAAACUCAGAAUAAUUCUGCAGAGAGGUGUUGCCACUGAGCCGAGAGGGAACAGAGCUUCAGGCGCUUAAUGGCUUCUCAGGUGUGCUGGAGCCCAGUUUGGGGAAAAGCGGUCUCUUUUGUCAUUUGGUUUGGCUGAUAUCCUUCACCACGAUUUCCGAAGUGCUGGCAGUCAGCGUGGAAAUCGCACCCCGUACUUUUAUAACUUCGCACACGCGGAACUCUGCACGAGCACCGUGAGAUGCCACAAAGGCACAGAAACAUUCCGGCGCCGCCAGGAAAACAAAAGCAAAAGAGGAACCGCAACGAACCCGGAGCUCAGCCGGUGCCCGGCCGCAGCCUCCAGCUCUCAGCCCUGCCCUCCCGGCCCGGGGCAGCGCUCAGACGGGCGGGUCUUCACCGCCGCCCGUUGCCUUUCGCUCUGGGAGGCGGGCCGGCCGCUUCCCUCCCAGCGCCCGAAAGCCGCGGGACGCGGAGCUCCGUCAGCCGGGGCCAAAGCUGCGCUGCGUGCCGCCCCGCCAUGCCGCUCUGCCCCGGCCGUGCCGCCGCUCUGCCACCGCCACCGCCACCACUCCUCCACUUCCUCCUCCUCCUCCUCCUCCCGGCCCCGAGUCCCGCCGCCGCCGGCUGUGCCGCCCUGGGGCUGUGCUGCCCGGGCCGCGCCCCGUCCUGCCGCAGCACCGGCUGGCGGCCCGACGGCUCCUACGGGCCGUGCUACUGCGACCAGGUGUGCGAGCACACCCUCGACUGCUGCCACGAUUACUCCCAGGCCUGCCCAGUUAUCCCCUGUGUUGUAUCUCAGUGGAGUGCCUGGAGUGGCUGUGCAGAGCCUUGCAAGACCACAUAUCGUGUUCGGAGGAGGCACGUCAUCCAGGAGCCCCAGAAUGGAGGAGAGACAUGUCCUGCCCUGGAGGAGAGGGCUGGCUGCGUGGAGUACUGGACUGAGCGAGGAACAGAGUGUAAACAGUCCCUGAUCCCUGCGUUAAUAACAACAGGAGGGUUUGGAAAAGCAAGGAAAAAAAGAGCUGCAGCUGAUGGCAGUGAAAGAGUGGGGUACUGUGUGGAGUUCCAACUUGUGACCAUCACGCAGGGCUGCCUGCACAGUCACCACUCAUACACUCACUGGAUGCAGUACCUCAGGGAGGGCCACACUGUCUGCGUGGAGUGUCAGCACCCGGCUUUAGACUCUGAGAGUCUGCAUUGCUAUGGGGAUGGCAGUGGAAGCCAAAGGAAUCAGCUGUUGCACUGGCAGGCGGUGGGGAACCCUCGCUGCAGUGGAACAUGGAAGAGAAUUCGCCAGCUGGACACUUGCUCCUGUCCUUCUGUUCACAGCUUCUUGUUCAUCUAACUCCUGACAGUCCCAGCAAGUGAGCACUGUGAUGGCUUGUCUGGCACAAACAUGCAGUAAUAACCAUAACCAAAACAAUGACUUCUCCACAACAGAGGCUGUGCUGCUUACUUUCAAGAGUUUGCUGUCUGCCCUGGGUCAUCCUGAAUGCUCUACUCCACAGUUUCCAAAGAAAUCAGGCUGGCUGUGAAGUGUCAGUCUCUGUAUAUCCAUUCCUGUUGCCUCUUCUGCCUGAGAGAAGCUUUUCUGGCCCCAGUGACUUCACCCCCUCCCUCACAUAAGAAAACAGAAAAAAAAAAUCCUUAUAAAUCCAAGUUUAAUUACUGUUUCUAAAGUCCCACCGAAAAAAAACCCCACCAACAACACAACACAGAUUGAAUUAACUCAAGUGUGUCUUUUUUGUGGCAAUAGCAUUUCUUCGUAGAUCCUUGUACUCAUAUAUCUUUUCCUUUUUUUUUUUUUCCUUCAUCUCCCUCCCCCAAUCUCAUCAUUUCAUAUUGAUCUUUGUUCCAUAUUGAUCCUCAGUCUUACAUAAGGUUGAUCUUGCACUGCUGAGAUAAUGACAAAACUUAGAAAUGAGCCUUUUCCAAUCUGUGAGGAUUGAAGGUACCAGAGGUAAAUGGGAGUUGGACUUCACAUUUCAAGGAGCAUCUUGGAGUUGCCCCCAAAUGCAGUGCAGUCCUGGAGCUCUAAAUAGCAAGUCAUCCCAGACGUACCUGUGGAGGCUAUCUGUAGUCUUGUGUUUUUUCUUUUAAACUGGAAAAUAUGUGAAUUGUUUUCUUUAUAUCUUGCUGAUUUAUAUUCACACUUUUCUAUAAAUGGAAAUAAAAAUGUUCUCUUGGCGUGAGGUUGCUCA